CAACAAGUUCCUUCAAACUUUCACAAAAAACUUUAUUUAAACAGCCGGAAGAGAAGCGGAAGUAUCCAACGUUACCGACGGCUUCAGAGAAACCAGUUCAGAGAGACCAGAGGAGACCAGUAUCACAUGGACACCAAGCAAAGAGCUCAGGGACUCUCUAGUGGACAUGUACAGAGAUAAUCCCAGAGUGAAUGAGGAGCUUCGACAGCGGCUGCCUUCACCUGCAACCCAGCAACUCAGCAACUCAACCCAGCAACUCAGCAACUCAACCCAGCAACUCAGCAACUCGGCCCAGCAACUCAGCAACUCGGCCCAGCAACUCAGCAACUCGGCCCAGCAACUCAGCAGCCCUGACAGAUCUGGGACUAACCUGAGCCUGGAGCAGACAGACUGUCCUCAGGGUCCUCAGCACCUCUCGGAGCCUCCGUCCUCCUGCUCCCCCUCCCCUCUGUCCAACAGGAGGUCUGUCUCUCCUGUCUCACCCCUUUUCCACAGGAGGUCUGUCUCCUCCAUUUCUCCUUUGUCCUCCAGGCCUCCAGGAGGUGCAAGGCAGAUGGAGUUGGAGCCCCCCAGCCGGGACCAUUCUCCUCAGGCAGAGAGCUGCAGAGACGGCCCUGAUGGAGGAGGAGCCUCCAGAGGACACCUGGUCCUCACUGAUGACAGCUCUCAUCAGGAAGUCAUGUCUGGACCAAUCACAGCGUCCGAUCCACUUCCUUCUUUUGAUCGAGACAAAAACGUUUCGUUUUUACUGAAAGAGCUCGACGACCUGAGAGGAAUCAACAAGAAGCUGCAGGAGGAGCUGGUCCAGAAGGAGAAGAAGCUGCAGAGGAGGGAGGUGGAGGAGGAGCUGAGGGAGGAGCAGAGGGAGGCCCGAGGCUGGGAGAGGCCUGCAGCCGUGUUGGAGGAGUUGUUAGCGGCUCAGAAGGACAGAGAUCAGGCUCUGAUGUCACGCCUUCUUCUGGCCAAUGAGGAGAGAGAUGAGGCUCUUCUUCGUGCACGUCAAGUGCAGCAGGCUGCUGAGGAGGAGAAUCUUCCCCCCGAGGAUCCCGACAUGGACGUGGACGAGCUCCUUCGGUGUGUUUGUGAUGCCGACUCCGUCCAGGAAGUCCAACAGUUUGGUUCAGUUCUGGUUCAGCAUCUACGGUUGGCAAGGCAACGGAGAAAUGACAUCACCGCUCAGGAGAUGAAAGCUGUGAUGGAGGAGAGAGACGGCUCCGUCGCCAAGUGUAAACGAUUGGAACAGGAUGUGAUCCAGGAGAGAGAGGGGCGAGCAAGAGAGACGGAGCUGCUGAGUCUUCAGAGACAGAUGGGCGUGGCUCUGGAUGACCAACAACGGCUGGAGGCGGAGCUCCAAGUGCUACAAGCCAAUCACAGCUCUCAGGACCUCCUCAACCCUCUUGCAUCGUUGCCUAGUGAAGGCGUCUCUCCAGCAGGUUCGUUGAUGGCAUCUCAUCAGACCUCGCCCCCUCACCCCCCUCAGGCCCCACCCCUGCUGGUCCAGGUGCAGCAGCUGUCGAGGGAGAAGCAGAACAUGGAGGCGGAGCUUCACCGCUGUCAGGAGGCGGAGCGAGAGGCCAGCGAGAGAGUCCGCAAGUUGGAGCGUCUGGUUGAUGUCUUGAGGAAGAAGGUUGGAACAGGAAGUCUCCGAUCCGUCGUCUGAUCUCCAACAUAAAUCUUUUUUUUAUUUUUGUGUUCAGUUGUAACUGAAAUAUGAAAACAUGAUAUUUGUAGUAUUGAAGUGAAUAAAAUCUUUCUUUUA